AAAAACAAAAAAAAGCAUUAAAAACUGGAGUUAGUCAAUUAUUGUUUUCGGCCUUCGAACGUUAAAAACCUUCUAUAAUAUUCAUAAACAUAGCGUACGGUUUGUAAGUGGACGAUAAUUUUGAAAACAAAGACAAACAACAAAAAUAAAACCUGCCUUUCUUGUCUCAAUCCAAAAUUCAUUUCAGAGGAAAUGAAAUCUCUCGUUCAGCAGAUCGAAUCUCAAAGCUACCAAAAUAAUAACAGAAGAAUCGCACGCAGUCAAACGUUCCGAAUAAUUGGGACAAAUGACGUCAUACCCUCUCCUCACAUAGUGGCUUUCCAGGUCAAUGCUGAUCUUGAUGGGCGAAGGCAUGGCCUCUGCUCGCACUUAUCCUCCUGUCGAUCCGUCUGAAUAAAGCAAUCAACAACAUCAAAUCAUCUCAGAGAAACAUGGCGGAAGAUGCUGCUGCUGUGUUCUCAGAACCUCCUCAUUUCACUGGUGGUGUGAAGGAGAAGGAAAAGGGAAAGCGGUGGGAGGGGAGUGCUGUGUUCGCAUUAGCAGGGUUGAGUAACAUGUGUGGCUCCUUUGUUACCAACCCUGUCAAUGUCGUUAAAGUUCGGAUGCAGCUUGAUGGAGCCCUCUCCUCGACACAGGAGCGUCAAUAUAGAGGACUUGUGUCAGGAUUUUUUCAGAUUGGCAGGGAAGAAGGGAUAAGAGGGUUAUGGAGAGGCACAGGAGCUGCUUUAAUGCGAGAGGCCUCAUACUCAAGCAUUCGCAUGGGAGCCUAUGAACCUUUUAAGAGGGCUUUAGGUGGACAUGAUCCAGCACACACUCCGCUUUGGAUUAAGGUUACUGCAGGGUCAGCUGCAGGGAUUGUUGGAAGUGCAGUAGCAAACCCAACAGAUGUUGUGAUUGUCCGAAUGCAAGCAUCAUCUCCUGGAAGAGGAGCUAUAGGAGGAUCUACUACAGAAUGGAGAUAUACUGGUCCAUUUCAUGCCCUUUCAUCAAUUUUAAAAAAUGAGGGUAUACGUGGUCUUUAUCGAGGAAUUAGUCCAACUAUUCAACGAGCAGGAAUUCUGAAUGCCGCACAGGCACCUAGUUAUGACCAUGCAAAACAUAUUCUUCUGAAUACUGGUAUACUACAAGAAGGUGUUCCAUGCCACCUCAUAUCAUCGGUGAUAGCAGGUUUUGUGACUGCUAUUGUCAUAUCACCUAUUGACCUUAUCAAGACAAGGAUAAUGCAACAACCAGUUGAUGUUGAUGGGCGAGGAGCUCUGUACUCCUCUUCUAUUGAUUGCUUCAAGAAAACAAUUAGAUCAGAAGGGGUGCUAAGUUUAUACAACGGAUUUGUUCCAGUUUGGAUGAGAAUUUUCCCCCACACAAUUGUGACAUUCUUCAUCUUUGAACAACUUAGGAAAGCACUUGGUAUUGCACCCGUGUAAACUUUCAUUGACUAUUGUAUAAGCAGUUUGAUAUUAAUAUGAAAUAUUGUUGGGCAUUUGUUUUCAACUUUUCUCUUGGGCAAUACUAUUCAUAAUGUGUUUUAAGGAAAAAUUCAAUGGGACCUUUUUUGUUCUCGUUAUUAUGAAUAAUAUUGCUCAAGAGAGAUUCGGUGGGCAAUCCAUGUAAGAUUCAAAUACUUUUGUAAAAGGGAUUAUUAUGAUUUUGAACCGUCAUCAAUUUGAAGAGAAUAUUUUGAUGUAUGUAUAGAAAAUAA